AUGCAAGUGACACGUGAUGCCUCAGUGCCAGUUCAUCUUUCAGCCAAGAAGGAGUCUCUCGGAGCGGAUCCUGAAAUUGUUCAACUAAGGCGAGACUGCAAUUCUCUUCGGAAUGACAUUAUUGCUGAAUUCCAUCAGUUGAAGAAGGCAAAAAAAGCUAGCGACAAACGUUACCACGAGUUUACAGCACUGCGGACUCAGACCAGGACGCGUCGAAAGAAGCUUUAUACGUUUGUCAGGGAAGAACUUCGUGAGGGGUUCUUUGAUGGAAUUGGUAAUCAGAUCUUUGAGCAUGAUUGCCACGGGAAUCCGAUAACUUUCAUACCAGAUACCUCUCGAAUACAGCCGGAGAGAAAGAGUUUGGCUGACCUCGAGUUCAAGAAUAGAGAUGUUGAUACCAUCAGCGAUGAGGAGUUGGUUGGGGACCUCAUUAAAUCCCUGGAGUUGAGGUUGGAACUCCACAGGAUUCAGAUACCAAAGCCUUUGACGAAGCAUCUGAAACUCAACCAGAGCACCACAGAGUUGAAAGCUGCUUUACUUUCAGCGCCUAGUGAGCUUCCCGUCGUGCCCCUCGGUAGCGGCGACACGGGAGACGACGUCUUCGUAGGCAGCGAGUUCUUCGGGAGUUUUCAGAAGCUCUAUUAUUUAGUCAGUGGGAAUGAUGGACUUGUGCGGGCAGAAUUGAAGCUUACCAUGGAUAUCAAAGGUCUGUGCAGCGCUGAUAGCAGCUAA